ACACAUAACCUGACUGUUUAUGGCCUCUGUUCACACAUCCAACCUCUAACAGCGGAGGCACAUUACACUCUGUGCACCAGCCAAUCCGGAGAUGUCACAAACGAAUAAAUGAGUGAUAGUGUUUGAUCAGCUGUGGAGAGGUGGGAUACAGGUCCUUGGAUGCUGAGGUGAAAGAUCGGCACUGUCUCCUCCGUCACUGAUACCAACAGCUCCUGGACAGACUCACAGACCAACAGCUGGUCCAGUUGAUAACACAGACAGUCCAGUGUGGGAUGAGAGGAAGGAUUUCAUUUUACUCCUGCCAUGAUGAAUUUACGUUUUCUAAGAGUGAAGAACCCUCUGAUGCGGGAAUGCAUGGCUGAAUUCCUGGGAACUUUUGUCCUGCUGCUCUUUGGCUGCGCAGCUGCUGCUCAGGUGAAGACCAGCAGGGAGACUAAAGGCCAGUUCCUGUCAGUCAACAUGGCGUUCUCUGUGGGCGUCAUGUCGGCCAUGUACCUCACCAAAGGCAUCACUGGUGCUCAUCUGAACCCGGCUGUGACUCUGAGUUUCUGUGUGUUAGGCCAGUCGCCCUGGGGAAGGCUGGCUCCCUAUUCCCUCUCCCAGCUGCUGGGGGCGUAUGUGGCAUCAGGGCUUGUCUUCCUGGUGUAUUAUGAUGCUAUAAUGUCUUUUAGUGGAGGGGUUCUGACUGUAUAUGGUCCAAAUGAGACGGCAUCUAUAUUUGCCACAUAUCCCUCAGAAUACAUGACUUUGGCUGGAAGUUUCCUCGAUCAGCUAGUGGGCACCGCCAUGCUGAUGUUGUGCAUCCUGUGUUUGAAUGAGAAGAGGAACACCCCCGCUCCCCCAGAGUUAAUUCCUGCAAUAGUGGGGGUGAUUGUCCUGGGGAUCUCCAUGUCAAUGUCAGCUAACUGCGGCGCUGCAAUAAAUCCUGCUCGGGACUUGGGGCCGCGCCUCCUCACACUGACUGCAGGAUGGGGCACUGAGGUGUUCACAUGUUACAACUACUGGUUCUGGGUUCCUCUGGUGGCCCCGCUCAUCGGAGGGGUUUCAGGAAGUUUCCUCUAUACGAUCUUCAUCGAGCUGCACCUGCCUGACCCAGAUCUGGAGAACCUCUCCACUAUCUCCACCGUCAGUGACAAAUGCAAGCAACCAGCCACAACAUGGGAACAUGGAUUUGAGAUAAAAACUGCACAUUUAUAAGUGAUACUGGAACGUAUCAUUUGUCCCAUGUGACACAAGCACUAAGCUUCAACAUUGCCUGACCAAAAACAGCAACCAGGUGGUAAAGAAGUAAAUAUUUGAGCUUCACGCACAUCUUGUGAUCAUCUGUAGGAAAAUAACUAACUAUAGGAGCAUCCAUUGAACAGAUUUACUUUAGUAAACAAGACAUCCAAGUCCUCAUUAAAUGCAGUUUCAUACAGCUUAGUUCAAUAAUCUGAGUGUGUUUUUGUGACACAAAUUUCCAUUUUAUUUAAAGAAAUUCAAGAACUUUAAAUUUUUCCUUCAGUGUUUUUGUGGUUUGUAAUGGGGGGAAAAAAAACAAUACUUGUUUUAAAAUUGUUUUA